AUGUUUUUAUAUUUACUAUUACCUUCACUUUGUUUAGCUUAAAGAUUUCUUUAAGCAGAUGAGACUUGCUACGGUGUAAUUUUGGAUUGUGGAUCUUCAAGCACAAAGACAACAAUAUAUUCUUGGCCAUGCAGAACUGAAAAGGAAUAUCCCCUAACCGACAUCACUUAAGAAGUAAUUGAAUUAGAAAUUUGUUUAGUCCCAAUAACUUAAGACAAGUCCAGGGAUAUCCACGAAAUAUCCAGAUUAGAUCUCAACUUAUUUGGCACCCAUAUUUGAUUUCAUUAGUUCAAAGGUGCCUGUUGCUCAGAAACAAAAUACACCAAUAUUCAUGGGAGCAACUGCUGGAAUGAGAUUAUUGGAUAUCAAUAAAUAAAAUGCACUAAUAGAUGAGAUCAGGAAGCAGCUGAGUAAGAGUGGUUAUUUGUUUGUGACUGAGAGUUGGGCCAGAGUAAUAUCAGGUCAAGAUGAGGUAACUGCAAUUUUGAUGUAUAGGCCACAUAUCUUUGGUUGGGUGUUGAGUAUCUUUUGGGUAAAACUGACGGAAGUUUAAUCGCGAUAGACUUGGGAGGUGCCUCAACUCAAAUUGCAUUUAAAGUGGAUUUCGUAUAAUACGAAUCAGACAUUAUUACUUUGACAUUGCCUGAUGAAGACCUUAAUUUAUAUGCCAUUUCUUAUCUUGGUUAUGGUAAUGAUUAAGCCAGAGAAGCUGUUCUUGCAAAAAGCAUAAGUGGCACUUAAAUCAUUAGUCCAUGUUAUCAUCAAGGAUAUACUGGAACUUGGACCUAUUAACAAGUGUAGUACUCCUUAUCAGGAAGUGGCAACGUAGAACAAUGUUAAGCUUUGAUAAAGUCUUUCCUCAAUAGUCAAUGUAGAACAGUAAGCGAUGAGUUAUGUGGAAUCAAUAGUAUUGAUUAACCUGCAUUACCCACCUCCUAUUCCAUUUAUGCAGUAAGUGGAGUGGCUACGAUUGCUAACUUUCUUCAACUUAGUACGUUCAAGGUAAUUCUUAAGUACACUUAACAUAGUUACCACAAUUAUUAAGUUAAGCCUAAGUAUUCUGCUAGAUGAGCUGGUCACAAGUGUUAGCCAAUUCUACUUAUUCUCCAAACCCAUAUGUGAGUACUAACUUUUUUUUAUCACUCUAUGUUCAUUAACUAUUGUCUGUUGGCUACAAUAUUCCAGACACUAUGUAAAUUUGCAUAAUUAACUUUUAGGGAUAUCAAUGCUCCAUUAGCAAUUAACUCUUAAACGCCAACUUGGGCUAUGGCUGCUGUGCAAUAUCAAUUAGCUUAAAUAGACUGCGAUUUAGAUAGUUCUGUUUGUCAAGCAUCAAUUUUACAUUUGAUAGCAUUCUUUUGCUGGAUGGUAUUUUAUUGAUGAUAGUGUUUUUGAAACUAUUAUAUU